AGCGUGCCGAGCUUUGGUUCGAGCCGCCACCCGUCCAUAUUGUAGUCGGUGCCACGCUAGCGCCGUUCGUCACUGUCCGCUGGGAUGAAUCUGCACUUCGAAACAUUGCUAGCAUGCACCUUCAACUGCUUUUCCUCCGUUGGGAUGCUCCUCUUCAACAAAUUUGCAGUGGAGGCUUUUCCUUUGGAAUGUUGUUUGGUUUGGCUGCAGCUUGCUUUUGCCGCUGGAUUCAUGCUGCUGUUCGCUUUCCCCUACAUCCACAUUGGUUCCUUAAAGGACUUGCUUAGAUGGUGCACAGUGGUGCCUUUCUACUGUGGCAUGUUGCUGACUUCAAUUCUGGCCCUGAAGCACGCCCCAAUGUCUCUGGUCAUCGUCAUGCGCAACGCCUCUCCCUUAGUGGCGCUCAUGAUGGAACGCUUCUAUCCGGAACCCAUCCGGAUCUCACGCGCCAUGGUGGCGGCCAUUGUGAUGAUGGUCUUAGGCGCUCUGAUGUAUGUGUCCAGGCUCUCUGGUAACCACUGGCAGGGAGUUGGAUGGGUCUUCCUGAACAGCGCCAUUGCAGUGGCGGAUCGGCUGCUGCAACGGUUGCUUUUGUCCAAGGAUCAGAAGUAUCAAAACCUGGUUUUGAGCUAG